CACGUCACGAGGGAGUCGGUAGGAUCUCCCAGUGGAUACCGCUGCCUGUCUAAACACACCAGUUAACCACAACCGACUCGACCUGAAGGUUUCAAUGGUGUUGGCUUGAUGGCACCCAAGCUUGCAACAAAGUGAUGGUCUAGGGACUCGCAGGCAGUCACAGAGGUGCUUGCGCGUGGAAUGUUGCGCUGGUCGGUGCACCUAGAAGGAGGGCCGCGGAGAGUCAACCAUGCUGCUGUGGCGGUGGGGCACAAGGUGUACUCCUUUGGAGGCUACUGCUCCGGGGAAGACUACGAGACACUCCGUCAGAUCGAUGUGCAUGUUUUCAACACAGUGUCUUUGCGCUGGAUGAAGUUGCCUCCAGUGAGGACGGGAGGACAUGAACGUGCCCGUGAAGUGCCAUAUAUGCGUUAUGGCCACACAGCUGUGCUGCUGGAUGAUGUUAUCUACCUCUGGGGUGGGCGCAACGACACAGAGGGGGCCUGCAAUGUGCUUUAUGCCUUUGAUAUCAACACCCACAGAUGGUUCACACCCAAGAUUUCAGGGACUGUCCCAGGGGCAAGGGAUGGCCACUCGGCCUGCGUCCUGGUGAAGGCAAUGUAUAUAUUUGGAGGAUAUGAGCAGCUGGCCGACUGCUUCUCUAAUGACAUCCACAAGCUGGACACAACCACCAUGGUUUGGUCAUUAAUUAAUGCCAGAGGCACUCCGGCACGCUGGAGGGAUUUCCACUCAGCCACGAUCAUCGGGACAAAGAUGUUUGUGUUUGGAGGGCGAGCAGACCGCUUUGGUCCCUUCCACUCCACCAACGAGAUCUACUGCAACAAGAUCAGAGUGUUUGACACAGAGACCAACUGCUGGCUGAGCACCCCUUCAACACAGCCAUCGCCAGAGGGACGCAGGAGUCAUUCAGCCUUUUCCUACAAUGGGGAGCUGUAUAUAUUUGGAGGAUACAACGCUCAUCUGGACCGGCACUUCAAUGACCUCUGGAAAUUCAAUCCAGAAGCCUUUUUGUGGAAUAAGGUGGAACCAAAGGGGAAAGGCCCAUGUCCGCGGAGACGGCAGUGCUGUUGUAUGGUUGGAGAUCGAAUCAUCCUCUUUGGAGGAACCAGCCCCUGUCCAGAGCAAGGAAUGGGUGAUGAAUUUAACCUCAUGGAUCAUUCAGACCUGUACAUCUUAGACUUCAGUCCUAAUUUGAAGACAUUAUGCAAAAUAGCUGUUAUUCAGUACAGUCUGGAGCAGUCAGGACUCCCACAUGAUAUCAGGUGGGAACUGGCCGCCAUGACCACCAACAGCAACAUCAGCAGGCCCAUCUUCUCCUCCCAUGGCUGACACAGCUGAAUGUGAAGCAGAGCCAGAACUCCUUGCGCUGUUUCAGGACACUAGGCUUUUAUCCUUCUAAUCAACUGAGCCCCGGCGGACUGUUUUUGCAGAGUCUGGAUCUGCAUCGGAUUUAUUUUCCACAUUCUUCAAGCGAAAACUUACUGACCAAAAGAUCCUGCGCGUGACUUCUGUGGACACUGCGAGCGUUCUCUCGUCUUUCUGUCUCCAGACACUGGUUACGUGAGACAGAAAUUGUUGACACCUGUUUGUCUUUUUCUCUUCUUUCUAGCCUCUCUAGAAAUCCAAUCAGCCUAUGAUAAUCAUAGACUUCUAAUCUUAAGCACAAGAAGAGACAAGAACUUGAGUCAAAGGUCUUGAGCGCUAACCUCUUGCUGAGGAUGUCAUCCUGACGUGACACUCAACACAUCUACCCUAAGAGACAAAUGUGAACCCCCUCCACAUUCAAAGAGACUGACAUGCUCAUGGAUUUGUCUAUCUUGCAGCAAACUGAGUUGUGUACACAGUAUACAGAGUGGACGAGGCUGACUUAUUACUUUGGUGUUAAAUGCAAGGUGUAUUGAGUACGAGAUUUUUAGGGGUGUUAUGCUUGUGAAAGCUUCUGGUUGACUGGCUCUCAAUGCUUACCUUUUUCCCCUCACAUCAUCAUAGCUUGGCUAGCACUCCACCACUCUUAAGUGUCUCAAAGGUGAUUCGCAAGGCGACUGAUCCAAGCUGCCUGUCUGCCUUGUAAAAUAAUUCAUCUACCUCCCUCAAUAGCAUGUCUCAUUGAGUUUUUAAUAAGACUUCCCAUAUAUUAGACAUCUACUUUCCCCCCCAGAAAAAAAGCCUUUACAGGGAAGUUUGUAUUUGUGGUUGUCUGUUGUAUUCUUCCAGGAAAUGUCGUAGUGUCACUGGAAGAGUGUGACUCACCCGCCACCCCUGCAGUCUGUUUUUCAGUGCCAAAUGUAGAAGGGAAUCAUGAUGCAAAUAUAUACUGUGUAUGUGUGUGAGCACAUGGUCCCGUCUGCACGUAAUCCAAGCCCACCUGCUUCAGUUUGCCUGUUGUUGUGGGGGAGAUCAGCACUAACAUGCAUAAUGUACUUGUUCCUCUUAUAGACAAUCCUACAUCGUUCAGUGGCUCUUCCUCGUGACCUGCUCGUUCACAGUGCGGUGAGAAACCAGGAGAGUAUGGACGUGUGUUUGUGUACAACACGAGCAAAGCUACACCUGAGCAGAUAUUAUAAAUGCAUAAGGGCUGUUAUUAGAUCACACACUCACCACACAGCUUGUAGAUUACUAGGAAUAGUUCAAAUUGGUUUAUUCAGGUUGUGUGUUUUUAUUUUUCUGAAGACUAAUGGCAAAUUUUAGAACAAAACUUUGAAAACACAGGAGUUGGUGGUGGUCUUUUUUAACCCUUUAUCUGCAUCCCCUUUAUUUAAAGGAUAAGGGUGGUGAUAUUCUCUAUUUUUCAUACAGCCAACAAUCCCAUAAAAAGACAACAGCCUACAGAGUGUUAGUCCACCUCUCAGCACUUCCUGUCUGAGAGUCUCUGUAACUGUGUAACAAUUGUUAGCAAAUAGGGCAUUUGUUGGGGACAACUCAAUUGUGGAUUUGUUGCAUGUGCGAGCCCUUAAGUGGCCAUGUUCAUGUAAUGAAGAGACAUGCAACGAGUUCACCGCUGUGGCUCACUGAUGUGUUUUUAACUCCAGAGCGUUACACAUCAGGCUUUGGAUGCACAGACAGUACGUGUUAGAUCAAUUCAUUAUUGGUUUAAGUCUUUUUAUGGGAUUUAUUGACAAUAAUUAAGAUAGAGAAUAUCACCAGACUUAUCAUUUGAAUCUUAGAAAUAAGAAUAAUAUUAAGACGGCAUGACAUUGAAAUGAAUUACUUGGUGAGGAUGAAUAUUCAGGCAGAAGAGCUUUAUUUAUACCGCCAGUUUUUUUUUUUUUGAUGUGAAUAGGAACCACACACUUGUGAGCUGCAUCAAUGCUUUUCAGUCCUGGUCUUUGGGACAAAGUGUGCUGUUGUUUUCUGUCCUGCCAGAUAGUUAAACUUCAUCUGUAUCAGUCCCUGAUUAGAUUGUUAGAAUGAAACCCUGCAGGGCUCCGGGUCCCCAACAUCAGGGUGGGAUAACACUGACCUACAUCCUAAAUGUUUACAAAUCUGUGUAUUUCAUGUGAAACAGUGUAAAACAAUCUUAAAUGCAGGUUGACGUCACCAUAUAGCUGCACUAAAGCCAAAUGUGGCAUGUCAGGCCUUAUGGGGAGGAGACACGCCGAUGCUGCUUUUCGCCUAAGUAGACUUCCAGAGUUUGAGACAUCUGCCUGCCCAAACCAAGUGUGAAUUUUAUUUACAGACCGGUGGUGCCAAUGUGAAGCAGUCUUAUUCCCUCUACGCUGCACACACACACGGACAUAUCACACACUUGAUUUUCCUCUGUACCCCAGUUACUUGGACUGUAUAACAGCUAAUCCACUGAAACCCCAGGGAGGCUAAUCAUGUGUUCUUAGACACACACACACACACACACACACACACACACACACACACACACACAAAAACCUGCUGGUGAUCAAACUAUGUGACACCAAAUGGCCGGCAGCAAAACUAAUGAUAAUUGUUUAUUUCUUAUUUAUAAUGUGCGGUGUGGAAGUCAUUUUUAUGUCAGGAUUUGGUCCUUUUCUCGUUGCGUGUGAAGGUUAUGGGUGAUGGCAUUUUCAGUCCCGAACUUUUCAGGACAUGAAGUAAAUAUUGAGUAAAUGACAAUGUAGAGACUAUGGUAAUAUACUAACUAAAAUGCCUGCACAACAGAUUUCCUCAGCGAUGGUCACUCACUUACCUCCAGCUGAUGAUAAGUGUUAGUGAUUAAGCCCCAGUAUAUUGGCAUUACAUUUUCAACGGCCGUGAUGUGAAGCUGCAGUUUCUAAGACUCCUCUGAUAUUUCUCAUUAAACUUUUUGAGGAGGUUCGAGCAAAUAGAUGAUCAAAUUUCACUGGGUGACUCUUGCUUUACCAAGAAAAAAAACACGUCUGUCUAGAAAAGUGCAUCAUUAGAUUGUAGCAAUGAUGAAGUUAUUCAGCGUGAGCAGUAAUUACUUGCCAAGCAGAAGUACGUACGGACUGAUUUCACACCAACAAGUGUAUUCUAUCUUUAGGGCUUGCAGUAGAUGGUUGAUUAAUUAAUAAACAACAAACAAUGCUGGGAGAAAAAACAGAACAAAGUAUGGAGUGUAUUUGGAAUCAUUUUACAACUGUGCGGGCUCCCUAUGCUCACUGUUUUUAUUUUAUUUUGUAUUUUACACGUUUUUCAGAGGGGACUCUGUAUCUGUUGAGCUUGGUCAGGACUUCCUGUGCAAUAUGCUUUAUAACUGUAUCAAUAAUAAAUCUGAUUUGAGUUGUUAA